AUAAAUGAGUGCCAGAAUCUGUAGCUGCUGUUAGCAGCCACAAGGCAAGAGGAAGAGGGCGGCGUGGGGUCUUCCGACCGGUGCUGUGCCGUUGGCUGUCUUCUCUCCUUACCAGUAACCGCAGAUCAACGCCACACGCGUCGGGCCUUACCCCACGUGCGCCGGCGCCACUGAGAUUGCUCGGCUUGGUACGGUCGCGGUCGUCUCACGUGACGAUCACGUGACCCCUACCCUUUAUUACCUCCCUCCGGUCCGCCUUCCCCACUUGCGAGCGGCGAGGGUAAAGCGUCGUCCGCCACCAACGAAGGUUACUUUGUUUGUACUGUUCUUCGAGCGGAUUUGGUCGAGGUCGGAUGGAGGCGGAGAGCCCGUCGAGCUAUCGGUACAUGGGGCGGAGCUACAGCGACAGCGGCGACUCCUCCGGCGCCUUCAGCGACUGCAACAGCGACCAUUCCGGCGAGUUUCCCUCCUCCGGAUCGCCCACCUCGUCGAUUUCUUCGUCUGGCGGCGGACUCCACCGGCUUCUCAUCUCCUGCGCCGCUGAUUACUCGGACGAGGUGGUGCGCGGGCUCAUCUCUGAAAUCGAGUCCCCUUCCGUCACCGUGGAGUCGCAGCGCCGCGCCGCCAUGGAGCUCCGCCUCCUCGCGAAGCACAGCUCGGAGAACCGGCUGCGCAUCGCGGCUGCCGGCGCCGUCGGGCCCCUCGUCGCGCUGCUCUCCCACCCGGACCCCCAGCUGCAGGAGCACGGCGUCACCGCCAUCCUGAACCUCUCCCUAUGCGACGAGAACAAAGCCCCGAUUGCCGGCGCCGGCGCCAUCCGACCGCUCAUCCGCAUCCUACGAACCGGCACCCCCGCUGCCCGGGAGAACGCCGCCUGCGCCCUCCUCCGCCUCGCCCAGCUCGACGACCUCCGGGCUGCCAUCGGCCGCUCCGGCGCCAUCCCUCCCCUGGUGGCCCUCCUCGAGUUUGGCGGCCCCCGCGGGAAGAAGGACGCCGCCACCGCCCUCUUCACCCUGCUCGCCUCCCGCGAGAACAAGGCCCGGGCCGUCGAGGCCGGAAUCGUGCGGCCGCUCCUGGACCUGAUGGCCGACCCGGAGUCCGGCAUGGUGGACAAGGCCGCGUACGUGCUGCACGCGGUGGUGGAGGUGGCGGAGGGGCGGGCGGCGGCGGUGGACGAGGACGGCAUCCCUGUUCUGGUGGAGAUGGUGGAGAGGGGCACCCCGCGGCAGAAGGAGACGGCCGUCCGCUCCCUCCUCGAGAUCUGCAAGGAUAGCGCCGUCUACCGCAAGAUGGUCGCCCACGAGGGCGCCAUCCCCCCUCUCGUCGACCUCUCCCAGUCCGGCACCAAGAAGGCCAAGGAGAAGGCGGAAUCGCUGCUCGAGCUACUGCGGCAACCGAGGACGACCGGCAACUCACACCGGUAGAACUGGACACGUGGCGCGAUUCCAGAGCCGGUGACCCUCGAUGUAAGAUAUGUGACCGCGAGUGACUGUGAAUUUUCCUAAGCCAAUGGAAAAU